CAGCUGGAGGCUAUGUGGAUAUAGUAGUUAGGUUUUCAUUUUAAAGAAAACUCUCUGAAUACUUAAGCUAACAGGGGGAGAAUAUAGAUAAGUGUUUUUCUUGUCUUUUCCCUCUUUCUUUUCCCGGUUUCGUUAGCGGUCUCCUUCGAGUGGUUUACAUGCGGACUGUCAUUCAGAAAUACUACAGCCUGCUUUUCGAGCGCUCACGUGUUUGACCUUACCUUUAUAUAUUUUUCUUCUGUUUAAAAUUUUUUUUAAUUUACUCCAAUAUUUUUUUUGUUAUAGCCUACUUUGUGGCUUCAUUUAGGCUGCGACCAGCUGGCGUUUCGGUGACAGUCGCGUCUGUUCAGAGUUGUGAUUUAUUCUUAGUUUGAUUCGCGGAUCAAGUUAUUGAAAUCAUAAAGUCAUUGGAAGAAAGGUGAGGAGCUUUUUGAGGGAUAACGGAAUGGUAUACGUGCAGGUCACCAGCGGGUAAUACACCGUGGAUACUUCAUCACUGCUGGGAAUUUGACAGUUGAAGAGGUUGGGCAUUCAUAUUCAUCACUAAACCAAAAUGGAGCUUUUCUGGCUCUGUCUGCUGGUGCUGGAGACAUUCCUGAUGUCCAGUGCUGCCAGAGGUCCACCCAGGGUGUCAGAACGGGUGGCUCAUCGGCAGAGUGUCCGCCUGGGUCGUACCAUGAAGCUGACCUGCCCCGUAGAGGGUGACCCCCCACCACUCAUCAUGUGGACCAAAGACGGCCGCAACAUCCACAGUGGCUGGACACGGUUCAGGGUGUUACAGCACGCUCUGCGUAUCAAAGAAGUAGAGACUGAUGACGCAGGGACUUACAUCUGCAAAGCAACUAACGGGUUUGGCAGCGUGAACAUCAACUACACGCUCAUCAUUAUAAAUGACUCCAGUUCAAGAGGUGGAGCAGCAGCAUCAAAUGGUGACCAUGAACAUGUCCCAGAGCUGGCAGGGAAACUAGUACGUCCACGUUUCACCCAACCUGCAAAGAUGAGGAAACGCGUCAUUGCUCGUCCUGUGGGCAGCUCCGUGCGCCUGAAAUGCACGGCAAGUGGUAACCCUCGCCCCGACAUCAUCUGGCUAAAGGACAGUCGCCCGCUGGUGGACGAGGAUGGUGGAGCAGGAGAAGGUGGGGAGAGAGCUGCAGGAGGAGGAACAGGAAGUGGGGAAGGGAAGAAGAAAAAGUGGACUCUGAGUCUGAAGAACCUGACGCCGGAGCAUAGUGGGAAAUACACCUGUCACGUCUCAAAUAGAGCGGGAGAGAUCAACGCUACCUACAAAGUGGAAGUUAUACAACGCACCAACUCUAAACCAAUCCUGACUGGUACUCACCCGGUCAACACCACGGUGGACUAUGGAGGAACCACAUCUUUCCAGUGCAAAGUCCGAAGUGAUGUUAAACCAGUCAUCCAGUGGCUUAAAAGAGUUGAGCCUGGUGAUGAGAACAAGUUCAACUCCACCAUCGAGGUAGGUGACCAUCGGUUUGUGGUUCUGCCUACGGGGGAGGUUUGGUCACGUCCUGACGGAUCCUACCUCAACAAGCUGCUGAUAACCAGAGCCAAGGAAGAGGACGCUGGCAUGUACAUCUGCCUGGGAGCCAAUACUAUGGGCUACAGCUUCAGGAGUGCAUACCUCACUGUGCUACCAGAUCUGAAGCCCCAAAAUAACCCUGUACCCACAGCCAUAUCCCCCAGCCUCCCCUGGCCCGUCAUCAUUGGAAUACCAGCAGGCGUCGCUUUCAUUUUAGGCACCGCCCUCCUCUGGUUCUGCCAAUCUAAACGCACCUGCUCCUCUUCUUCAUCCUCCUCUGCCCUUCCUUCCCAGCGUCUCCCCGUAGCCAAUCGUGACCGAGCCUGCCCAACGCUGCCUCCUCAACCUGCCAAUGGGGAUAAAGAUUGUCUUUCUUACGAGGACUACAUCGCCCAUCAGCAGCUGCUCCUGACUCAGGGAGGUGCUGGAUUGGCUCCCAAGGUCUACCCGAAGAUCUACACGGAUAUACACACGCACACGCAUUCACACGUGGACGGGAAGGUGCACCAGCACCAGCACAUCCACUAUCAGUGUUAGCAGUGAGCCUAGCAGCAAAGCUUUGGUGUUUCACAUUCAACUCUUACAGUCACAUCAGCCCACACUGACUAUAGAGCAUAGAACAAGGAAAGCCACAUGCAAGAGACCAUGCGGAUUUGUAUAAAGGAACAUGGGAUCACGUAGCUCUUCCUGAUUCUGCUGCAGCCACAUUAUUGUGAACACAUCGACUUAUUCAAGAAAAAAACAAUGAAGAAUGUAAAGAAAGAGAAGAAAAAAGUGCAUCACAAAGAACCUUAUUUUUAGCCAUCAGCCAUUUAGCCAUCUGGGAGUUAAUCCACAAAAGGAAAACAUGUUUUAUUCUAUUUUCUAUGUCGAAUCUCUUCUAUAGAUCAAUAAGCCUCUCCAUAUUUAGCUUGAGGCCCUCUUUGAAGCAACAAUGAACUAUGCAGCUUCAAGGUAACUCAACCGCUUUGGUCAUGUCCAUUUAUGUCUGUUCUUUAAGACACAACCACAAACUCCUCAGUAACAGCAAGAAUACAGCUCGCUUACACUACAAGGCUCCAAAUAUAGCUACUCCUGUAUAUAGUGGAAUAUUAUAUAGCAUUUAGCAUACUACUUCAUCCUCUAAAAAGAACAAUAUGACGUGUGUAAUGUAAUAGCUUAAUUUCAGAGUAUAUCUCAGGCGUCAGCCCAACUGAGCCAUAAGAACCACAAAUCAAGACGGACUUCACUGUAUCCACACCCUCGGCAAAGAUGAGGGCUGCUGUUUUCUGCUUUUGCCCAGCCGACAGCCGCUCUGAUAAAUGUCCAGCUGCUAUCUGGGUACUGUGUGAAAAAGAGCUGAUGACAAACUGAGUUACUGAGUUCAGACAGCAUGGACAGAAAGCUAUGAAUUCUAGCUGCAGCUACAGAGUGAUUUCUUCUCGGUUGCAGAAGUAAUCAUUAUAUCUGUCCCACCUUACGGUUUCUAACCCUUUACUUUCUGGAGAGUGUGGCAUUUCCUGUUUGACAUCACCUCCUUUUCAGCUUUGUUUGAUGCUCACUGACUUUAGAGGAGAGAGAGACGGAGAAGGAUGAAGGUUCAGUUCUCCUCAUGUCAGACAUGUUCAACCUCUUUAGCUAACAGCGCAAAGGGAAGCUCAACAAUGCUGUGGUGCGAAAGUGUGUCUUCUAAGAAUUGUUUCCUGAUUUCGUGAUUGCUCAUUUGAAAUGUGACUGAUUCCUGUUAAUUUUUUAUGAGACUCAGAGAGCUAAAAAGACAUAAAAUCUUAAGCUGGGUAACUUAAGGAUGAGACUUAAAGCCCUUAACUCUCCUCUUUUAGCGUGUCACAAGAUGACCUUGGGUAUAAUCGAGGUUUGUUACAAGGCAGAGGGACUCUUUUGUUGUCUCCUGUUUUCAUUUAUCGAAGAAAAAAUAUGGAUAAAGGGGCUGCCUUUCCAGCUGCAGAAACAUCUGUCACCCUGAUACAGAAAGUUGAAAAUGUUGCAAUCACUUGAAAGGUAAAAUGAUGGUAUACAGCCUGUAACUGAAUCGAAUAUUAAUAUUUUUAUCACAAAUACUUGAGCCAAUUUUUAGAGCCAUAUAUUGUGCAGAAAGUCUUUCAUGUGGAUGAAUAACAACUAUAAUAAUACCCACUGAUUAGCUACAAGUUAAUAAACUUCUCUUAUUGCUGGCAAUCAGUUAUCACUGUUUUCAGUAAAUUCAAGGAUAUAUAUCACUAAUUUUAUUGACCUUGAUAACAUUGAUAUUGUGGCUAAUUGGAUCGACAAAUGUGUGUUUUAGCCCUUAUCAUGCCAUUUGAUUACAACUUAGUCUCAUGGUAAUGUUAUUUGAAACCUCGAUAUAACUCCACAGAUGAGAGAUCUGAGACAGAGACUGUGCGGGUGUGAUUUAAUGUUUCCUUCUCUCCCCCGUCAGUUUUGUUGCACAUUCAGGGUGGAACAACUAAAACUUUAAUUCUCAUUAAUACACAAUGAGUUUGGUAAACUUAAUAUUCCCAAUGUAGCUCCUCCUGGCUUCAUCCUGACCAGAGUAGUUAAUCAGCCAAACUGAAAACACCUGCGUGGGAGUCUGUAAUGUGUAAAUGAGAUCAUCAGCAGCUGUUGUGAGUAAAGCAAUUAGUACACAAUAUAAAUUAGUACAAAAUUCGCUGGAGGCUACACUGACUCAAGAUGGAAAGGCUGGAUAUCAAGUUGUGGUCAGAUUUGUGAGGUGAUGGUGUUGUUUCAUCAUGAGAAAAAAUCCCAACAGUAUGAAAGCAAAUGUUUCAAGCCCAUAAAAUUGUUUUUCACUAGCACUAACAUCUCUAAAUCUGAAGUUUACUUUUGAAAACUGCAAGUACUAAAGAAUCAAAAUCACAAAAUGAUCUGUAAAGUUAAGUAUUACUUUUCCACAGUACUGUAGCUUGCUGAAUUUUCUUCUUGGAAGUGUUUUAGAGACAUACUGAUUUCCAUUUUUCUUUGUGUAUUGUUGCAUCAUUCCACUCAGUGCUCCUCUGAUAAACUCAUUUACAUUGACCCGUACAUCAUUGGAAACCACCCCCCCCCCCCAACACUCCUUUUCAUUACACAAUGAAAUUACUCUUGAUUACUCUGUAAAAACAGACACGAAUCUGACCACUAUGUAAAAACUGUGCAAGAAAAGUGACAAGAAAAGUUUCAAGGUUUCAGCUGUUUAACAUUACAGCACUCUUGGAAAGACAUGUUCAGCAUUAUAACAUUGAAACAGUGGAGUGACUCUGUCCAGAGAUGUUUAAAUACAUAAAAAGAGAAAAAAUGUG